CUUUCGCGACUCUGCCUCUGCCUGCCGCCUGGACCCUUGUGGGAGCGUGGCUGGAAAAUGGCAAGCACCAACCGUGUGCCUCAAGCUAACUGUCAAGAAAAGCAUGCUUCAGUUGGCUGGAGUGAGCAAUUCAACUUGUGGAGGAAUGAGAAAUGUUCGCGUUGAGACAAGAAACAUAAAACCCCAGAGUAAGGACAACAAGGCCGAGGAGAAUGGCUCCGACAGCUUCAUGCGCUCCAUGGACCCACAGCUGGAGCGGCAAAUGGAAACCACCCAGAACCUGGUGGACUCCUACAUGGCCAUUGUCUACAAGACCAUGUGGGACCUCAUGGUUGGUGUCACGCCCAAGACCAUCAUGCACGUCAUGAUCAACAACGUGCAUGCACCGCCUCAUAGGGACCAAGGAGUUCAUGUGAUCAGAGUUGCUGUCCAACCUGUACCUGCAUGGGAACCAGAACACUCUGAUGGAGGAGUUGGCAGAGCAGGCACAGUGGCGUGAUGAGAUGCUGCACAUGCACCACGUGCUGAAGGAGGUGCUCAGCAUC